UGGCUUGUGUGUGGGGGCGUGGUCUGGGUGCGCGCUGCAGGUAAGCGGGGCAUUCUCACCUCGUCCCGGAGCCGUACGCAGCAUGUCCAUGGAGGUGUGCGUCGAGGGGGGCGCUCCCUGGGGGUUCCGUCUGGCCGGGGGUCGUGAUGUCAGCAGGCCUCUCCUCAUCACACAGGUGACCCCGGGCGGUCGAGCGAGCCAGGCCGGCCUGUGCCCUGGGGACGCCAUCGUCUCCAUCUGCGGGGCAGACGCCGCGGAGCUGACCCACACCGAGGCGCAAAACAAAAUCAAGACGUGCGGCGGAGUCCUGACUCUCCGGAUCAACAGACCUGAAACGCCUCCAACCUCACCGGCACUCGCCAUCAACGGCAAGGACCGAAGCUACCCUGGAAGCCCCAUGUCUCCUUUCUCUCCGUUCGCCGGAGAUAACUACAGCCGGCCGACCCCGAGACGCCCGGUGAGACUGAGCAGCGUGGACCGCGACUCGGAGCUCUACAAACUGCAGGAGGAGAACCGCCGGUCGGGCCAAGUGCCCAAGCAGUCGGGCUUCUUCCACAGGCUGCAGGGCAUGCUGGACGACAGCUCGGAGGGCAAGGGGAGCGCAGCAGAGGCGGACACAGAACAGCAACACACCUGACGCACCAGUACACGCAGCACAGACACAGGCACACACAGCACAGACACACCAGUACACACAGCACAGACACACACACAGGCACACACACACAGGCACGCACACACACACAGGCACGCACACACACAGGCACACACGCACACACAGGCACGCACACACAGGCACGCACCUACGCACACACACACACAGGCACGCACCUAUACACAGGCACGCACACACACAGGCACGCACACACACAGGCACGCACCUACACACAAGCACACGCACACACAGGCACACACAAGCACACGCACACACAGGCACGCACCUACACACAAGCACAUGCACACACAGGCACGCACCUACACACAGGCACGCACACACAGGCACGCACCUACACACAAGCACACGCACACACAGGCACGCACACACAGGCACGCACCUACACACAAGCACACGCACACACAGGCACCCGCGUGUGCACGGGCUCACGCCGACGCGGCGGCAAUGCGAGGCCACUCGCUGCGUGAGGACGCGAGGAGGAGCAGGAGGAGGGAGAAGCACGGAACCCGCUCGUCCACUCGCGCGUGCAGUCGUCGUGCAUCAGAGAGAGAGCGUGGGGGAGGGAGAGCGUGCAUUGAGAGAGAGCGGGAGAGAGGGAGAGAGAAGGGGAGAAAUGAAGCAAAGUGCCGACUACACCUGAGCAUCUUCUUGUUUCCACUGAUCAUAAAAAACAAGAGAGAGAGAGGGAGAGAGAGAUGUUUAACAUUAUAUGUAUAAUUCUACUCAAAAAAACUAGCAUAGUAAGGAGAUGAGCAAUGUACAAAAAGAUGUGCACACACAAUCGACAUGUCACUCUUCCACAAGACAAGUUUUUCUUUGAGAGAUGGGGGUUAUGACUUAGUCUGGAGAGAAGGCAAAACUUUCAGUCGUCAAUUUCUUUGUUGCACUUUGCAGCUCAAGUACCCAGCGAGGUAUGGCCAAUUUACAAUACGUCUUAAAGCGUCAUUAUCACACCCCUAACAAUGUACUUAAAGAUGUUUGUCGUUCCGCUUUUAACUCAAAAAACCGUCGUAUAAGAAUAAGCGAUUGUGCACGAAGCAGCCGCCCCGUGCACAAAGCUGCGGUUGUGAUAGCAACAAAGCUUAUUGCGAACCCUUGGGGUUUUUCGGUAAAGUCACGUAGAUAGGUUACAAAACAACUACGAAACUUCGUAGUUUUUUGUCUCUAUUUUACUUAUCUACAUGACUUUACCGAAACACCCAAAUAAUAUGAAUUCCUGCAGUCACGAAAGCUUCAAGUCAAGCUUUGUGUAUGUUGUAUUGAUGCUGUAUGUACGUUGAACUUCUUUCGCACCGUACAUAGCCAACCGUGCUACUCGUACGAGAAGCCCAUUCCAGCACAGCACUUGUCAGCUGUAAUGGUAAACGAGCGAUCCAUGCAGUUGUCAUCGUGUGUGUCCGCCCAAGUGGUUCGUGGCAGUGUUUAUCUACCACAAUGUUGACAAGGAGGACAAUUAAGAAGAGUUAAUCUGCCGAUUGACUUAAUUACAGCACUCAGGAGUUCAAGUGUCUUCUAAGUCAGUAACCCAAAUAAUUUGCAUACAGGCUUUAAUUACUCUAAACUCUAAGAUCAACCAACCAUUGUACCAUAGACUCCGUGACUGUAUUUGGUUGCAAUGAGGCUGCAUUUGUCAUUCACCCACUUGUGCAGGAAACCAUCCUGCAUGGGGCAAGAUAAUUUAAUCUGGCUACAGAUUUCAUCAGAGUAAACUGCACAAAUGGUGGCGUUAAUGGCAUCAAGACAUAUACAUUUAAAAUGCAAUCCUGGUAACCCCUAAAGGCAGUGUGCAAGCCACAUGUCAUGUCGGGAAACCCCAUCCGUCAGAGAUAUCACAACAAUAUAAAACUUCCUGUUUAUAUAAAUAUGAUUUGACAGAAAUUCAGCUCCAUGCUGCUUAGAACUGCUGUGUAACACAAAUACAUAUUGGCACUGAUUGCAUUGUAUUAUGCGGAUUGUCAAUAGUUGUGAGUGAAUGCAUUUAUACGGGUUAUAGGCUGCAGGAAUUACAAUGGGUCCAGCCCUAAUUUUUAAUGACUAGAAAUCCACACGCCUGUCGGUCCGAAUAUGUUUAAUGCGGUAGGAAGCAGCAGAAGCUAAAUUCGGCUAAGGUGAGCGUUCUGAAAGAGUGGAAAUUAUCGAAUUGAGAUAUCGCUGAGACAGUUGUGAUGCAUGCAGACCCCCUACACGGGGGGGGGGGGGGGCUCCCCCCGCGUGAGGGGCCGCGCGAUGUUGCGUGAAGUCGCCAGGUUGGGGCGACGCUUUGUUCGAGUAGCGCUGUGAAGGCCGGCACUGUGACACACGAGGGGGUGGGUGGCCAACACUACGCCCGGCCGCCUUUGUCUCCCUCGUGGCGAUGUUUACACACCGCACCAGAUACUCAUUUGUUGCUUAGUUGACCGAGGGGAGGCUCAGGAGCGGUUCAGACGAUCGUCACCGGUGUUGGCCGUGAGCGGGAAUCGUUCGCGGGUCACCGGCUUCGUAGCGCAGGGCGCUAACUGCUAGCACCACCGCUCCUCACGACACGCACACAGAUACACACACACAGACCCACACACACACAGACACACACAGACACACAGACACACACACGCACGGACACACAGACACACAUGGACAGGAGCCGGUCGACAGCCAGCUGGCAAUAGGCUGGGGCCCAGCAUCACAACGGGACACGGAGUAGACGGAGAAAAGGGACGACGAGAAAUCUGAGAGGCGGCGGGGAAUUGGCUCCUGACGUUUUGUGGGUUGCGGCAGGAAUUGAUUUGUGUUGAUAUCUGGCACCGGUGUGUGCGGCGGUUGUUCUGUUGAACGUCUAUCGCAGUGUAUCGUGCACAGCUGACUAAGAUGAUGUGGGGCUGUGGCCUGCGGCGGUGGUGGCCACCACACACAAAUCUGGACCGCUGUGAAUGUCGAAACCAGAUCUGCUGACGAGACACUGGAUGCCUCGACCAUUCCGGAGUCUGCGUGUGUUGAACCAGUGGCGAUAACAUCUCGUACUCUGCUGGGAAGAGCAUCGCGGGCUUAUGGGAUGUGUUUAAAAAAAACAAAAACACUUUUAUUCUUUACAUUUAGAGACACGUAUAUGACAAGGUGUAUGGACCGCUUGACUUUUUAGCAACUGGGCCCUGUUGAGGCUGCGGCAGGGCAUUAGCGAGGCCAACACGUGCGUGGUUGUCGACGCAUUGUAUUUAUAGAUCUUCUGUUCGUCUUCUUCUUUUAUAUACACAAGUGGAGACUUGUGGACAGGUCGCACCCACGCACUGCGAGGCACUGCAACUCCUGAGCAGAGCCGCCUGACCAGCUGACCAGCUGAUCCCACAGACCGCCCACUUCCCCAAAGAGUCCCCUCGAGUUGGGUCACCCGGGUCACCGGGGGAGGGGGGGGGCUGGGUAAUGGACGGCGUUGUGGGGAGCCGCGAGGGCUGGGAGACACUGGAUGGGGUCGAUUUCAUGUUGUUUGUUCGGGUGAGAAGUUACUCCCAGCGAGUGGGGUGGUACGACUUGGCAACGGUGACCUGGCUCAGUCAAAACUCCGAAAGCGACGACGAAGUAAGAGAGCAGUGCAGUAGUGCAGGGAGAUUGAGAAGUAAGAAUAGGGAAUAGGAGCCAGUUGAGGUGGUUCUGGCACCCGGUGAGGAUGCCCCCCGGUAGACUCCCCCCCCCCCCCCCCCCCCCGGGACUCUACCGGGCAGCGGCAGCAGCAGAAACGUCUCACUGGGCCAAGACCCCGGGGCCGGCCCAGGACACGCUGCUGGCGGUGGGACUGUGUCGCUCGGCUGGCCUGCGAAUUACCCAGGAAGAGCUAGAGUCUGUGUAUAGCAGUGUAGUGUAUACUGUAGUGUAGUAGUGUAGUGCAUACUGUAGUGUAUACUGUAGUGUAUAGUGUAGUGUAUACUGUAGUGUAUAGUGUAGUGUAGUAGUGUAUAGUGUAGUAGUGUAUACUGUAGUGUGUAGUGUAUACUAUAGUGUAUACUGUAGUGUAUAGUGUAGUAGUGUAGUGUAUAGUGUAGUAGUGUAGUGUAUAGUGUAGUAGUGUAGUGUAUACUGUAGUGUAGUGUAUACUGUAGUGUAGUGUAUAGUGUUGUAGUGUAGUGUAUAGUGUAGUAGUGUAGUGUAUAGUGUAGUAGUGUAGUGUAUAGUGUAGUAGUGUAUAGUGUAGUGUAUAGUGUAGUGUAUACUGUAGUGUAUAGUGUAGGAGUGAUAGAGUCCGUCGCCAGGGAAAGGGAGGCCUCGACCACGACGACUCAACGCGCUGCCGCCGCGGCCCUCGCCAGGACAGGCGGAUUGAGAGACAGGAGUUGUGUGCUUGGGCCGCAGGGCUCACCUGAAGCUGCCCUUCCUGCUCCUCACGUUUAAUUGGAGAUGAACCCCUUUCCCGUUCCGAGACGUCUGAAAGUUAUGGGGUGGUGGUGUCCCAGUCACCGCCGAAUCUCGUAAACGCGUGAGCGGUUUCAGCGUUACAUUGUAUUUUAGAGGCCUCGCAGCAGCGGCUCUGUUGUUUUUACAAAGACGUCGUUACUCACCGCAGAGAACCGUAGCGACACGACCGCCGCCGCAACUCGACGGUUAGCAGCGCCAACGAAGUGCCACGGCCCCUGCCGCGUGGCCUUUUCCUUCCGAUUCCAGUUCCGAUGACGUACGUCGUGAAUUGGCCACUCCUCGGUGACUCAGUCACUCCGUGACUCGGUGACUUGGUGAAUUGGCCACUCAGUCAUUCGGUGAAGUACACGUAUGUGUACGUCAUCAGAACAGGGAAACGGUUGUUAACCGUACGCACGUGUGUGGCUUGCAGCCAAUCAGAGAGAUGAACGGCGGGGCCACGAGAGUCUGGCUGUCCGCCCCACGCUUAGCCACCACCGGCAGCGGCUCUUACCCGCUCGCGGUGCGUUAGCCUCGUCAUCGUCCGGCUCUUGCCAAGUCGAGUAUCAGAAUGAGAAUCUUUAGGACUGCAGGAAUCCGAUGAGCUACAAGGGUGGCCACCGGUCCGGGUUUUGACCCGGACAGUCCCCGGUAAAUUGGGCAUCCGCUUCCGGAUUUGCAGGAAUUGACUUGUGCCGGAGAGUUUGGUGGGACUCGUGCCAGAACUUUACGACAGUUGCACGGCACGGGUUGAUCGGCCUGGGGCUGACUGAGAGCGGUGUCCGUCCGGAUUUGGCCGACAGUGUAGAAUGUGGGGACCCUAACUAACGCCGCACGCAGCAGGGGCGUCAGGGACUGGGGCUAUAAUCUGGGAUCUGGGUGUUUUGUGUUUUGCUGUUUAUCGCGUGGUUUAACGUUAUGAUUGGGGGGUUGUGUAGACUGGUGUGUGACUAAUGUCUGGUGUGAGGGGACCCAUUGCCGCUCUCUCCGCGGGGUUCUCCCCGAUGGAUGUGACCGACGCGUGACCGGGGGCGGGGGGGGUCCUGCCCGUGUCGGGAGUUUUGCUCUCCCACCGCAGUCCGCCUUCCACACUUACCGAUCCUCUCGUCGUUCACACGCUCGCACGCCGAGUGUGCGAUGCGUUGGGUGGCGACACCGAAGCGGCAAAGCUGCGGCAAGUCACCCACUGGGACGUGUUGUUAGUGGCUGAUUGUUGUUGUUAUUGGUGGUGGGGAUGGGUCGGCUGUGCUGAGGCCGUUGGGCCCGCAGGCCGCCCGGGGAAUGGGACGCAGAGGGAAAGCAUCGAUAGCGGCCGCCUGCGAUGUUUGCGACAAAAGCAUCGGCGUCCACAAAGACGUUUAUGUUUUGGUUUUAAAAUAAUAAGAAUAAUAAUAAUACACUUAAACUAUAUUUUGUAUUUAACCAGGACAGGGCCCCACUGGGCUUUGUAGCUCUUUUUUCAGAAGCGACCUGGCCGUCACAAAUGACAGCUCAACGAAGUGGCUCAUCGUCGUCAUCGUGUGCAAAUGUGUAGCAGCCAAACACUCUAAACGCGCGUUGGUUGCGAUUCUAAAUGUUGGAGGGAAUAGCCGGAGGACCCGGAGUAAAGCGCACGCGACCACGGCGAGGGAGAGAGACACGCAGACGUCAGGGUCGGGAUCGAACCUCGGACCUAUUAGUUGGGUCUUUCGGUAAGGUCACGUACAUAGGUCACGUAGAUCGGUACAAAUUAAUAAAAAUAAAAAAUAUAUAUAUUAAUUUGAACCUAUCUACGUGACUUUACCGAAAGACCCAAAGAAUAUGAAUUCCUGCAGUCACGAAAGCUUUUAGUCAAGAUUUAAACCUCUGACCUCUUGCCUACCGAGCGAGGUAGUUAACAUCUCGCCACACGCAAUCUCCAAAUAUACAGCGGCAAGCGUCAGGGUCGGAUGGAGCAAUCAAAAUAUUCAGUCGCGAUGGUUAUUGGAGGAUAUAAUAAUUAAUUAAUGAUUAUAUGUUGUGUGGUUCAAUACCCAACGUAUAUUUGCAUCGAUUGCUAAUUUAAUAAAGACAACUGGAGCAGCA